AUGGCAAACCCCGCCCCGCAGCAGCCCGGACAUCCAAUCCUGACACUCUCGCGCUGCGUGAUCCGGCCGUUCGCCGCGUCGGACGCGGCCGCGCUGCAAGCAGCAGCUGACGACCCGGCGAUCGCGCGGCAGAUGCGCAACGCGUGCCUAGCGCCGAUCACUUCGGCUGAGGACCCGCUGCUGAACUUUGCCAUCUGCACGCCUCCGGAUCACGCCGGGACGACGAUAGUGUGUGGAGGCAUCGGCCUUAAGCGGCUGGCGGACGUCGAGAGCCGCACGCUCGAGGUGGGCUACUGGCUCGGGCGGGACGUCUGGGGCCGGGGCAUCGCUACCGAGGCGCUGGCUGCGUUUACCCGGUGGGCGUUCGAGCACGUCGUGGACCCUGCUGCUGCUGGAGGGCCGGUGCAGCGGAUAGAGGCAUGCGUGUUCGGGGACAACGACGCUAGCGCGCGCGUGCUCACGAAAGCGGGCUAUGUGCUCGAGGGCAGCCGACGUAAGGCCGGGUUCAAGAACGGCAAGCCGUUUGAUAUUCGCCUUUUUGGUAUACUGAGGGAAGAGGUUCUGGGGUCACAGUAA